CCCUACUCAGUGUCAAGCUGUGAUUGGCCAGAGCUUAUAGUUUUGCAUGAUUUUAAAUUAGCCUUCCUGGUAGAACCAUAGACAGUAAAAGAAAGAUAUAGUCUACUUUUCCGUAUCUUGGAUGGUCUGACGGACUUCCAAUCGAUCCUACAAUGGCUAGCCAAGGUACUAAAAGAAAACGAGAUCAUGACUCAUCUGACUCGAGUAUAGAGACAAAACUGACAACAAAUAUGAUCAUAGAGAAUGCAAGGCAAAUUCUACAAAGAGUCACUAAAAGCUCAGACCUAAACGAUAAAGGCAGCAGGAAGAAGGCAACCAUAGGGGUUUUUGGAAAAUCAGGAGAAGGAAAGAGCUCCCUUUUAAGUGCAAUCUUGGGGAAACUGUAUUUUUUACCCUGUGGUUGUUUUGGUGCCUGUACAGCUGUUGUUACACAGGUGGAAGCCAAUCUGGAUGACUCCAACUACACAGCAGAGAUCGAGCUCUUCUCUAAGGAGGAGUGGGAGAAUGAGCUUAAAGAUGUUUUCAAAGAUAUAAAAGAUGAAAGUGAGCAAAGGAACGAGGACUUGAUUGAAAUGGCUGCAGAAAAGAUCACUGCGCUGUAUGGAGAUGAUGCAGACAAGAAAACAUUAGAAGAGCUCCAGAAUGAUGAAACAUUUGCUAAGAUUGAACCAUUUUUGUCUAUCAGUAAGAAAAUAAUCUCAAGCAGUGAUCUCUCUGAAUUUACCAACGAAGUUGCAAGCUUCAUACAACACAGUCAGACAAGUUCUGGUGGCUGGUACUGGCCGCUUGUGAAGAGCGUGACAAUCAAGAUACCAGACUGUCACGGACUCCUGGAGAACAUUGUACUUCUUGAUCUUCCUGGUACUGGAGACUGCAAUAAGAUUAGAGAUGACCUGUGGAAAACUAAACUGAGAGAGUGCUCUUCAGUGUGGAUUGUAAGCGCCAUCAAUCGAGCGAUCACUGACAGAGACCCCUGGGGGAUAUUGAAGCACUGCAUUGAAGAACUGGGACCAGGAGGAAAAUGCAAAAGCAUUAACUUCAUCUGUACGAAGACUGAUGAUAUAAAUCCAGGAGAAUAUAUAAGAUCUGUACGGCUUCCAAGAGACCAAAUCCCAGAAGACAAGGAUCAGAAAAAAACAUGCAUACUUCAUAGAAAUAACCAUGCCAAGACAAGGGUCAAAGAAAAGUUUGAAAAUUCUGAAAUCAAGAAAAUAUUCAACACCGACAGUCAGUUUCAAGUUUUUACUGUGAGUUCCAAUGCAUUCUUUGACCACAAUUUAAAUCUGGAAUCAAGUGAAACAGAAAUUCCAAAGCUGCAGGAUGAUCUGAUGAAUUUUAACAAGACCAUUAAUAUAGAAUUGACCAGAGAUUAUGUCAAUAAAGCAAAGGGAGUUUUGUCCUUGAUCCAAAGCGGCCAGCUGGAUAACGAAAAAGAGAAAAUGGUACAGUCAGAAUUAGAAUUAGUGAGUCUUCCCAAUGCUGCCACUGUUUAUUAUUCUGUAAUUCAUUGCUGUUGUAUGCAUGUGUUUAGAUUGAAAUGAAAGUCAACGAAUUUAAGAACAACCUAAAGGAGUCACUAAUUGAACUGGACAAAUAUUUUAGAAGCAUUUAUAAAGAUCUGGAGCAGCAUCUCUCAAAGGGAGUGGAAGAAUCAGUGAACUCAUGUGUUGCCUCCACAAAGAAAUUGAUAGCAUCUAAUAAAGAUGGAAGAGGGUUCCAUAAAAUCCUUGGAGCUUUGUGCAAGAACUACGGGUGCUAUUGGUCAAAGAAUUGGGAUGUAGUUCUAGACCUGAACAAAUCAUUGGCCAAACAUUUGCACAAAAACAUUUAUGAUGAUUUCUGUAAGAUUUUUCCUGUGACUGGAAAAACAGGGAAGUCAGUGCAGGAACAGAUUGACAAGUUCAGUAUCAGCCAGAGUGACUCUGCUUACACCAGAUCUGACAUACUUCAUUACAUUCAGGAUUUCAUUAUAAUCGAGGAAACCAAACUGAAGGCUGCACUCAACAGAGACAUUGUUGACAAGAAAAAGGACAUCUACACAUCAAUACAAAUAACAAUUGUGCAUGAAAUGACUUCAUGCUAUCGGCAAGCUGCAGCUGUGAGAGGAAUAGGAUCCAUGAAGAAAAUGCAAGACCUGUUAAUAAACACAGUCGAUCAGAAAAAAGGAGACAUGUUCGAAAAAGCAAAAAUGGAAGUUCUUAAAAAGUUCAAUAACUUAAAGCUGGACAUAAAAAGUACUCUUGAAAAAGAACUAGAGAAAGCAAUAGAACGCUCAGAAUCACAAAACAACAAAAAGACACGGAUGGAUGUUUCCAGAGAGAUUGAAGAGCUGGAGGGACUUCUAGAUCAUCUGGACUGAAGCUCAUCAAGCAAGAGAAACAGCACAAAUCAAAAAAAAAAAAAAAAAACAUAAUUACUGUAUUGUGCAACAAGUGUAACACAUUUUCAGCUAAUGCUUUCUUUAGUUUCAGAGCAUUUCUGAAUUUGGGGUUUUAUUAUAGGAUUGCAUGAUAUACAAACUUUAUACUGAUUUGUUGUUCUUAUAAUGGUUUUACAGCAAGAGAUAUAAAUUACAUUUAAAAACUUAACUGUCUAAUUUUCAAAAACCUGAAUACGUUUGAUUAGUUUAUAGGAUAGACUGGAAUGUAAUUGGAAAGGUCUUCCUGAAACAUAUAUUUCUAAAUUCUUGAUGUAUUUACAGCGUAAAUGUGAAUGUUAUGUGAGUCAACAUCAAAAUUACUGCUGCUGAUGUUCACAAUGUACCUAAUCCAAAUACUGUUGAAAUGUUAAUAAUUAUUCAUUGAUAAAUGGUCAAUAAAAACGUAACCCUUGUCCUGAAGAAAUUGAGGUUUCAGAAGGCAUUUGUUCUCAGAAAAUGUAAAAUCAGGUCCUUGACUGAUAACAGACUUUGUCUGAUAUGCAAACAUUUGGCCUAUACAGGGCUAACAGCAAAGCUUUGUUUUCACUUCAUGUGCUUUCACUCUAAUUGUCUCGGAAACGUUACUAUUAUUUUGUGAGACUAAAGUUCAGGAUUUAGCAAUGAAUUAGUAAACAAUUUGUCACUGAAAAAGAAGUCCACACCCAUAGGUGUAUUAGGUCUAAGAUCCAAGGUCUUAUUCUUUGCUUUACUUGUAAAUGGAAACUGAAUUGUCAGAUUUCUCAGAGACAUCAUUCAUACAAGGUGAAGUAUCUAUCAGGACUUGGAGGUUUUGGAAAAAAAGGAUGUAAUUAAGAACAUAAUGCAAAAUGUCAUAACAGAUGAUCUGGCUAAGGAGUUCAACUGGCAGGGGAGAGGAGAUAAAAGACCCUUCUGCUUAUUUUAGUAGAUGUGAUCAGAGAUGCUGCUCUGAGGCACAAAAUUAACUGGGUAGACUGCGAAACUGAAAUAAAAAAAUAUUUACAGAAAAUGGGUUACAAGGCUGAUCGACUUGGUCAGAAGAGACCUAGAGAGUAUGAAGGUUCUCAAAAUGAAUCUCACACAGGCCUUGACAGCACCAUCCAGUCAGCCGUUGAAAGACAGCCUUUUUUUGUGUGACAGAGUUUUGAAUCAUUUACUCAUAGACCUACU